AACAAAGUCCCAACAUGAAGACACCUUCCUAGAUCCACUUGUCCAAAAUGAAACACUAAAAACGGCAAGAUACAAUCCAAUCUUGUUUUCCUAAUUUUUUUUAUCAAAUUAUUGGCAAUGCUCUGGGCCCUCACCAAUAUCCACACAACAUCAAGUCCAAAGGCAAUAAAAAAAGGAUAUAUAUAUAUAUAUAUAUAUUAAAAUUAAAAUAGAGAGAAAAAAAAAUAAUAAGAAAAAGACAAAACUAAACCUACCACCACUUAACUAGCCAAUAAUUUAGCUGCAUUUACCACUCUCCAAAGCUUAUGAUUCACUCACUUCUCUACUCAGGAAGUUGCCCCUUUUCUCUGGUGGGUGCCAUCUUUAAUGCAUCUUAUACCUACUUGACAUGCAAGAUUUUUAUCUUAUUACUCUAAACUCCUUGCUUGCAAAAUCAAGUGUUUCCUACAGAGGGAAAGAAGCGAGUGGUCUUGAUUCUGCUAAAAAGGGUUCACUAAUUACUAUUAGAGAUAAAACACACACAAAGUGCAAUUCAUACCGAAGAUAAUCAGCUAUGCUAUCAGAACCACUUGAAGCCUUCUUUACCCAAGUAAAUGAUUCUACAGCUCCUAGUUUAAUCAAAUGGCUAACGAACUACCCACACUAGGAACCACCAUAGUUGUACCGCUACAAAAGUAUGCAAACUGAUCUAUUCGCUUGGUGGGCGGAAGCAAUCGUGGCAAGCACCACAAAAAAUAAAUAAAUAAAUUUGUAAGAUUAUGAUUUUGACUACUGAUGGAAAAUUUUGUAGGAUUGUCAACCUUGUAUUUCUUCAGUUACUCUGAGCAAAAACCAGUGUAAAUUUGGUGUCCUUUGAGGAGAAAAGAAAAGAGGAAAAAGAUGAAAGUGGGGAAUCCCAAGCUUUACAAGAGCAAACAGUAAAAGAUGACAUAAGCUUGUCUCCUAGAGCACCAAGCAUAACUAGGUGGGGUCACUGAGGUGAGAUAAAAACUUUUUAGAAAAAAAAAUAAAUAAAAAAUUCCAAUACCACUUCACAUUCUAAUACCUUGCUCCAUUAAUUUUGUCUCUUCAACUUCGAUCUAACCCUUCCAACAUUUAGCUGUUGCAAUUCCAAAGAGCCCCUUUAUCCCCUAAACUUCCUUUGAUCCUCACCUGAACUAGCAAUUUGAAGGGGGAGGGGGUGGGCAAAAUGACCUCUAAGGAUGAUGCAGUAACUGAGAUAACACCUAAUACACAGCAAAGUAAAUUAGAAAACAGCAAUGAAAAUCUCAUAGAAAAUGAAGAUGGUAAUCCAGGAGAGUGGCUGAACCUGAGUCUAGGUAGGAAUAUGCUCUCGACAGCUGGUGACUCAGACUCACAAUUAAGACCUGCUUCUGGCAAGGUAUUUUCUUGCAACUUCUGCAUGAGGAAGUUCUACAGUUCACAGGCAUUAGGUGGUCACCAGAACGCCCACAAGAGAGAGAGAGGUGCAGCCAGAAGAUAUCAGUCACACAGGAUGAUAUCAAUGAUGGGCAGUUUGCCCAUCAAUACUUCUAUGUUUAGGUCGUUACAUGCUCGGCCUCAUUCACUUGUGCACAAAUCAACCAGAGAAGGAACUACAAUUGUAGCAAGAUUUAAUGAUGCCAGUACAGGGUUUGGAAUGGUCUGGACACCCUUCACACUGGAGGAUGCCAUGGAUUUGAUGUGGCCAGGCAGCUUUCACUUGGACCCACAAGUACCAGAGCCACAACCAGAGCCUCUCAAGCUUGAGCUCGACUUAAAUCUCCGACUCUGAUCCAUCCAUCUUGUACCCCACUUGGAAUUUUCAUUUUACAUCGUUUCUAUUGGAAGAGGUAACUUGUUCCAUCAAGUAUAGAACUAACAUAGGUAGAAGGCCUGUUGUGAAGUGUUAAAUACCAGGAUGGUGGUUCUUCCUAGAGAAACCAGAAAAGGGAAAAAAAAGAAAAAAAGGGACCUAGGUUUUUUCUAUCUGUUUAUGCAUGUAAUGCUACCAAAAAAAUCUAAUGAGGCAAGCAAUAAUUUCCAGCAUUA